AUGUCUGCCCCUGUGCCGGUGCCUCCUCCGACAGGCAACUCUCCUGCUCCCUACGCGACUGCCUCGGUUUCUGCAACUGCCUCUCCUUCGCCCGCUUCUUCUACGGCUACCUCGGCAUCUACUCCUCCCGCCCCUCCGCCGCUUGUUCCGACAGUCCCCGCACCCGGUGCACCGAAGCCCGAAUUCCGCCACAAGCGCAAGGCUGUGCAGUACCCAGAGUCCUCUGAGCCGCACAAGAAGGCGAAGCAGACGUCUGGCGUGCUUGACCAGAAGCCCACGGCCGGCGCGUCCAGUUCGCAGCUCCCGGCCGGCGCCCCCAACCCGAAGCAGAUACCCGGCGCGCCCGUCAUCACGCGGAUAUCAGGUAUCCCCACUGCGAAGCGUGCAGUCGGGAGUCUUGACGCCAAGCAUGGUGCUGGCAGCAAGCGCGUACCCGACGCGCCCGGGAUGAAGUCCAACACGUCCGGGGCAAAGGCAAAGCUCAACGCGUUGAAGAGGUCCUUGUUCGAAGGCAAGGAAGACACUCCACCGGCCGCUGGCUCUUCGUCAGCGCCUAAUCCUCCCAAUAAGCCUCCGAAGAGCAAGAACAUGAACUUGCCCAGCAAGCUGAAGCAGUGGCGUUAG